CAACAAGCGAGCUUACAUCCGAUACAAAGUCCAAUAACAUACUGUGCAAAAUGUCGAUGCGUUCAACGUACGUACGUGCGUAAAACGUGAUGGAGGUCCGAUCCUGAUUACACGAAGAUACCAGAGCUAGAGACUUCCUAAACUUUGUAACUGGUUGUAGUUUCCAACCGAAUUUUUCUUGCCUUUUUAAACACAGUAUGUAUUCCAACUGACUACAAGUUAUAAGGACAUAUUUCCAACUGCCAAUGCCCAAGAGAAUUGGAGCUGUUAUUUCGAUGACUAGGUUUUUGGUGAGUGUUUUCGACACCAAGUCGUCGAGUUGUUGUGUGUUUUAAUUUUACUUCUUGGACACAAACCGUAGCGUUGUCGAGCACGAUGGAGACCCAGAGUCAGCAAAACCAACCGAGACAAGUUUUACACGUCCGGAGUGACUCGGACGCAGAGUUGGAGGAUUUAUUUAAGAGUGUUAUGAACCCUCAGAAACCUGCCCAGGGCAGCUCCAUCCCAAUGCGGAUGAGAAAUCUCCCGUCUUCGUUUUUCAAAGAGCCAAACCAUGUUCCCGGACAUUCUCGCGAAUCGAGUGCGGACAGUACGAACUACGGGUCGACUAAUGGUAGCAACGUGAGUGGCAGCGGACAGUCGUUGGCAGCACCCGGGCUCACCAUCGCCCACUCCCGGGCGCAUUCUUCACCGGCUGCCCUCCAGGAAAUGCACGCCGUUGGGGCGCAGAGUUUACAGCAUCAGCAUUUGAGGCAACAAAGUUAUGAUAUUACAGAUGAAAACACACCACUGCCACCAGGCUGGGAGAUGGCAUCAACAAGUACCGGCCAGAGAUAUUAUCUUGACAACAAGGGGAGAUUUUUACUGUCAACCCAAAAGCCAGAUAACAAUCACAAUAGACACAGUACUACAUGGCAGGACCCCCGCAAGACACUGAGCACCUCACAGCUCAACAAGGUGAACUCCGUGGCUCCCAACCCACCGCCUCCGAUGCCACCACAGAUCAACGCGAUGACACCGCCGGCCACGACGUCCAGCCAGCAACCGUUGCCUGCCAUGCAGGACCUGGGUCCUCUGCCGUCCAACUGGGAGCAGGCAACCACUCCUGAAGGCGAGGUCUACUUCAUCAACCACUUGGAGAGAACCACAACUUGGCUGGACCCAAGAAUCGCUAUGCGAGCUCCAGGAACAGUGCAGGCAGCUGCAGCAGCACUGCAACAGAACACGCAGCAAACAGCUCAACAGCCAGCACAACAGACCAUGGCCAUGUCACCCACACCAGCACAGCAGGCCGGCAAGCUACCGGGGCCUGAUAUAUCACAGCAGCAGCGGCAGCAGCAGGUACGGUUGCAGCGUCUGCAGAUGGAGAGGGAGUGCCUUCAGCGACGUCAGGCCGAAAUACUGCAGCAGAUGGCCGCAAGUGGAAAAAACAGAUCUCUGCCUAGAAAUUUUUGGCCACAAGAGGGCAGUACUCAAAUGAAAGGGGGCCAGGGCGGUGUGCCCAAGGAGAUGCAACUACGACGUGACUUGGAUCCAGUGACAGUGAGUAACGGCAACGAUGGUAACACUGUCAGUACCACAGGCUUGGAUCCUUUCCUCAGCAGCAGUAACACCUCCAACUUUCACAGUCGUGAGGAGAGCGGUGACAGCGGCUGCGGUAUGAGCAACUACAGCCACCCAAGGACCCCCGAUGACUUGCUGAGUAAUGUGGAAGACAUGGAGGCUAUUGAAGGUGAACGCAAGACACCCAUACCAGCUCCCCUGACCCCGCGCCAACACAUGGACUUCCUGGAUUCGAUGCCUGGUACCAACAUUGACAUGGGCCCCAUGGAGGGAACCGGUGACAACAGCAACCAAGGCAACAUGGACAGCGACGAGCUGGUGCCCAGUCUUCACGAGGCGCUCAACACGGACAUCUUGAAUGAUGUGGAAGCUGUGUUGUCACCCAACAGAAUCGACAACUUCCUGACAUGGUUAUAGAGGGCGCUAUAUACCUCCAGCAAUAGGAUUUUAACAUUUGACAAGCUGUAUCUGAGUUGUGCCUAUUUGCUUGUAUGUUCACUGUUGGAAUGAUUGCCUGAUAAACAGAGCUGCUAACAGAGUAUUUGAUUGAAAAUUUUAUUUGAUCAUGAAAAACAAAGUGAAGCUAACAAGACUAGGCUUCUAAGUCAAUAGUGACAGUAACAAGUCUAACUCACUGGUGACAGUCACAACAUUGUAAGUCAGUCAGUCAGUCAGUCAGUGUGAUAAACACAAAAAGGACACUAGGCUACCCGCAGAGAUCAGCAAGAACUAACUUUUGUAUGUUCGGAUCAGCACUUGUAUUUGAGUGUAAUGUAUAUUUUCAGACCAGGUUCAUCAUGAUCAUCAUGAAUAUGCAUCAAGUAAUCGAAUGUGAAUUAAGGGCAGUCAGCAGCUAUAGAAAAUAGAAUUAUUCAGAUGUAACCUUUUGUCUUGUAUUCGGCCUUCUUUAAAAACAAAAACCCAGAAUAUCUGUAUGAAGGGACUAGCUCUCUUGAAACCACCAGUGUGAACAAAUUAGAGUAAAGUGGUAUUACAGAAGCCAGUGGAUUGCCAGAGAACGAGAAAUUCCAUUGAGACUGCCUACGAGAAUGCAAGCGACAAUCUGAAUAUGUUCAAGGCAUAAUGUCAGAUAAGCACUAGAAACUGGUGUUGUGUUUCUGGUUGUUACAAUUUGUUUGGAUUGAAAUUAGAGUAUGAAAACUACUGAACUGCUCUACAUGCAUGCAACAGUCUUGCUAGCAUGUCUGUUACAUGCAAGAAAUAAUCAUUUCUGUUGAAACAUCUUUCAUCUUUUUUAUGUGAUGCUUAAGAAUGUCAGUCACGCCAAAAAUGACAAGACAAGGCAAGCCCAGUAAAGAUGGUCCCAGAGCACACAAAAUCUGUUCAAUAAGUGAUUCAGAAUGGCUUUUGAUUCAAACUGGAAGUGUAUUCAAGUGGCAGUUGGGAAGUCAGUCAGACAGUGAGUCAGUCAGUCCGAUAUGUAGGUGAACAAAGAUGACUCUACGCUGUUCCUCUGGGACCAGCAAAACUACGGUGUACAUGUAUGAGUUGUAAUGACAUGUAAUUGAUCUGAUUGAGGUUCAGAGCAUUAUAUUGUAACAUAUGCAUGCAUACUUUCACAUGUACAUGAUUAAAUGAUGACUUUGAUAGGUAAGUUCUUAGAUGCACUGCCAUUUCAUUUCACAUACAACCAGUUUUUGGAAUAACUGGUUUCUACAUGUACCGGUAUGUUAUUGCUUUUGGAUAUCAAGGAUAGUGUGAGUUAAGCUUUCUAUCUUAAGCCAACAUUUGGCUCGAUAUCCAUGGACAUGAUUUUUAUUAGUCAAGUAAGGCUUUCUCAUACGUAUAUUUGUACAUGGCACUUACAUGUACGUAUUUAUCUACCACAGUGGCUUGUUUGAACAAAUAUUUAUAAAAACAAAAUAUUUUUGUGUAAUAAAGUGAUUGCAUAUUCAUGUUUUGAGAUUGAAAUAAAAUUUAUAAGAUUAAAAAGUACUAGAACUAUGUGCCUUCCAAUUCACUUUAUUUAAGAGAAAACUUUGGUACCUCAGAUAUGUUUAUAUUCAAUCUUUUUCAAAAUAGUACUUGGCAUGCCACGUGUACCGAAAUCAUUCUCCACUUGUUGGAAACAUAAUUUUAAGAAUGGUUUGAAUUUAUUUUGAGAAGUGUGUAACUGCAUAUUGUCAUUUUGAGUGUCGCUUUUUUGUAUUGAAGACAGUAAUUUCAAAGUGAAAGAAAUGGCAUGGGCCGGAAUAGACCAAAUACUGUUAUAAAAACGGACAAUAAUGAAUGGAUGAAUAAUUUAAACUGAAGAUUUUUGGAUUUGACUUGUGUGUUUCAUAAAUUCUAGAGUCCUGUAUUCUGGAACUUUUCUGCUGUGCUUUGAACUAUAUCUUGAUUUUUUUUCCUUUUACUAGUGUUAGUAACUUGGCAAUUUCAAAUAUUGAAUCUUCUUGUAAAAAAAAAAAUUAACCCUUCUUUUUGGAUAUCAAACUAUUGAUAUGUUUUGCAAUGUAUAAUUACUUAACAGAAAUCUGUUGAAUAGAUCGGCGAAUAAUAGAACGUAGUUAGGUGGAAGUCAACAAAAUAUUCUAUUUGUAACAUUGGUGGGUCAACAUUGCGAGGGGAAUGUGCAACUGCCCGCACUUCCAAUAUUUGCCAAUUGUAGAAUUGGUGCUUUUACUCAUAAACAAAUUGGAGAUGUAUAAUAAGUGUUUCCUUUAAUUUAAUUUCUAUUGCAUUUACUGAAAUUGUACAAUCCUCAUAGCAUGGUAGUGCUUCCAGAAAGCAUUUUGCUAAUAUUAAUGCCUUAAAUACCUGUUUUUGACAUUGGUAAAAACUGCAUAGUACAUGUAUUUCUAAAUAACUCAACACACACAGAAAAAAAAUCAGUACACGCUACAUGUAUUUUAAUUCUUGCUUGCAUUGUAAAAUAAAUGAAAAUAACAAAUUAACAUAUUUGGACACUUUAAUGAAAAUGUUUAGAAAAAAAAUGCCUUCAGGUCGAAAAUAGAAAUGAAUAGUGCAGUUUAUAUAUUAUUAAAAUGUCAAUAGUAGGCUAGAUGAGAGCAUUGUGUGUUCCUAUUCGUGCUACAUACACAUUAACUCGCCUCCUACAUUUCUUAGGUAAUAUAUAGGUAAACUAUUUUUGUAAUGAUUAAUACCUGCACUGCAGAAAAAAAUAAAGUUAAUUGAUACACUUUUUUAUAUUUGAUAAGUUUUGAAUAAAAUGGUUGAAGUUCUUCCUUGUGAAAAUUAUCAGUCCAUCCAAAUCAAUUUUGAUAUUUCAUAAUUCAAACAAGCAGCAGGAAUAAUAAGUGCCUUUUGAUUCAUUAUUCAAUGUACAGAAGAAGUUGUGACUAUGUAAAAACAAAAAUUAGAGAUUGUGUAUGUAUUGAUGUUUUUUUUCUGUAGAGAACUGUUUCAGGUUAACACAUUAGAAUACUUUACUACUUUUUCUGGUACUAACCAUAUUACAGAGCUUCCAUUUGUAGACUGCUGUGUGAUCUUUUGUCAUAUUUAAAAAAAAACAUGUAUAUAAGACUAUACACGUAUUACUUCAAAGUAUUCUGUAAAAAUAAGUAUACUUCACAUAAUGCAACAUAAAACACAUUGUGUUGAGCGUUUAAAUGUAUUGGAGAUUUUUGUUUCAGUAGACUGAUCUACUUAGUCCCGCCCCGUGAUGCAUUGACCAGUCACUGCUGUGAUGCAUAUUGUGCCAUGCUUAAAAUGUCUGACAGUUGUGAGUUUGACGACACGCAACAUCUGGACUGCAGUUUUGGCAAUUGAAGAGGUGCAUGUGUUGUUGACCACAUAUGCAGUGGGCGGGGCUAAAUGGAUCGGUCUAUGAGGUAACAAGGAGCAAUAUUCAUGUCAAGUUAGAGUCCACAAUGAGAUUAGCCUACACCAUAAUUGGAACUAUAGUCUCUGAAAAUGAAGGCCUAUCAGUCAUAUGAAUGCAGUCAGUGAUAUUAUCAAAGCAUGCACCAGCCAUUUACAUUAUAAUGAAUUGAUCAUACAAAGACGGGUGUGCUUUAAAAAGAAGACGGAAAUCUUUAGGUAGAGUAAAUCCACCACCUAGAAUAAAUGCAGUCAUUGAGGAGAACAAUGAUGUCUUUUGUACAACUUGAAAAACUUGUAUGCAUAAUUUAAAAAAAAAUUAUCAGAUGUCUGUAUCCAGCUGAUGUAUGUGAUAAAGAUUAUCGUUUGAAUAUAAUAACCUUCCAAACAACUAUGAAAUUAAUUGAUGUACAUAGUAUAUCAUUAAAUUGAGCUUGAUAUAUUAUGUGCUUGUCUCUACCAUACACCAGUUUUGAGCCAAUAGAUAAGCUCAUAUGUAAUAAAUGCAUGAUCUCUCCUUUUGGCAGUUUUAACUUGAAAUGUUGAGUGCAAAAGUGGAGUGCAUAAUUUCUUUAUGUUAUUAAUAAAUUAUACUUAAUAAACAGUGAUGUUUAAAAAAGUUUUCAAGUGAAAUUAGGAACUAUAGUACUGCAUGCAAGUGUUUGCCCAGUGUUAACACAAUGAUUAUCACGGAUAAUCCAAAUGUAACGUAAUUUUUUUGAAUUAUAUUUGGCUUAGAGUACUACUGAAAAUUGUAGAAAAUAAUUAUAGUUGGUCAUUAAGAAAUGUACUAUCAACCAUUAGCAUUAAACUGUAGCUACUGCUAGUAUUAGGGUUUUCAUGUAUAUAUGUAUUGAAUUCUGUGUAUUACAUACUGUAAUCAUGUAAAUAAAUUAGCUCCAGACUCAUUGACAGUGUUGCACACAAAACUUUUGCAAGAUUUCCAGUAUGACAAUGAGCCCCACAUCUUCAUUGGUUUCUACUACAUGUAGCAUGCUAUUAAGCAGAUGGUUAGCCAUGGUAUGCAGAUUUAGUUAACUUUCUGGGUACUCUGUACAGAUUUGUUAUGGGACAUACUAUGUGGGGCAAAUUUAACGGCACUGUGUAAACACAUGCUAAAGCUUUGGAGUUUUCUAUUGUUUUCUCAUUCUCUGAUGCGUACUUGCUACUUUGCUUACUGUGAAAAGGGUCCAAAGCUCUGUUGGCAAAUGUUUGUGAUGAGCUAAUGGGCAGAGCACCAGUCAACAGCAAUAACAUGACAUGAGAUUAUUGCUGGUAACCCUUUUUUUUUUGCCAAUCAAACCUGUUUCUGUGCUUAACAGAAUUCUGUGCAUAGUAUCUCUAUGAAAUUGCUCCCUCUAAUAGCGUUUUAAAGAUUUCUGAAAAAAAUUAUUGCUACUAGGGCCCCCCCCAACACAAAUUUCACUUGCUAUUGAAAUUAAGCAAUGCUACAUUUUGAUACUUAGUAAUUAGUUUGUAUAUGCCUGCCAUAAUGCAUUGUAUUCAGUAAUUUAAUAGUCUUCCUUAAGAGAAAUAAACAAUGGAAAGGGACGUAACUGAGA